CCUACAGAUACGUAAUUAAGCGGGUCUUCAGCAGCGCUAAACAACAUUUGAAAACACGAUUGUACCUCGUAUAUCAGAUAUUGUAUAUGCAUCUGCUGGUGGACCCAAAAUCGAUAAGUCGAUAAGGCUAAAAACAGGAUAAGCCACCUUAGCCACUUAAAAUGUUAAGACCGAGGACACUAUGUACUGCAUCUUGUGCAUCUUGUGCAUCUUUGUACCUCGUGGUCGCGUCUUCUUGCAUCCUCUUUGCAUCCUCGCUGCAUAACCUAAUCGGCUACUCAGCCGGAAAACAUUGGAGUCCAGCCAACCGAACUUCCAACAUGCCAACCUUCCAAAUACUUAAUCCCCUCUCCCCAGUACGAUACAAAGUAAACAAACCACCUGAUUGGCAUGAGUGAGAAGGCUGUGGUAUUGUACGACGUGUGUCCAUCCAACUGGAUAACCGGUGCGGAUUGGUUCCACGGCAAUGUAUUGUGUCAUAGUAAUGUAUCAAUAAACAAGUCUGAGACAGUAAGUUCGAACUCGACUAUUUUGAGAUACCUGACUAUCAUGUGUCCUUCGUUACUGGGUUGACUAUUGUCUAGCUAGGAAAGUCCCAUCACCAAUUUGGUAUUAUUCGUUCUAGUGCCCUACAUGCUUGAUGACUUACUAGUAUUGACUGACACCUUGUCAUUCACGCUCGCAGCAAAAACCUCAUGCACGAAGGGCACUCACUCCAAGACAUACACACUUGGGAGGGUCAACUAACCGCGCGAUGAUGCAUCUCUUAGCCAUCCCUCAGCUCUCAGCCACGGCGUUUGUGGACAUGGUUCCACCUCUAACUAACCGUGAACAGCGGACACGAUUACACUACACUACAUAGGUACCUAGUAUCUAACAGAUAGUAACAACUCAGUCAGGUCCGUCUAAUAGGUAAGAUAUCUAAUAGAUAUCUAAAAUGAUGUUAUAUCAUAUCACUCAACCGCCAAGUAGUUCCGUCAACUUAUCUAGGUAUUUUUGAGUCCUAAUGGCCUAGCAAUAUAAUAUCUAGCGCUGUAAAUCUGCCCAUCGUCUGUCCAUUCCCCGGUCUUCACCGCCGGAUCGGCUGUAUAUGUAUGUGUGUUCUGUUAUUCAACCACGUUUCGCCUGUUGUAUUGUAACAGAUCGAAUGUGUUUCGGGCAGCGUGUGCUGUUGCUGGGUAUGCUGGGUAUGCUGGGUUCCCCUCCCAUCUACUAUGUAUCCCUCACGCAAAUCCCAGCGAUCUUUAUUAAAGCAAAGCGUUCGAUCCGAUAAGCGGGGGUUCGUAACGCAUUACCUUGAGGCCGUUUGCGGCAAAAAAGAGUCAUGUUUUAUUUGGGAGGAUGCUUUUUUCGGACGAGAUCCGAAUACUAAGGUAUUUUGGGCUUGAAACCGUCAAAUGCCAUCUUUUCUUUGCGUUGUCAGGUUAUGCAUGACGACGGCAUCUCGGCCACAUCGGAAAGGGUAGGAAGACGCUACUGUUUCCGGUCUCUUAUGAAGACUACCUAGGCAGGUAUCUAAGUUAAGAUAUUGUACAACUACAUAGAAAAUGUAGGUGUUGGGUACACAUCCAUACUAAUUACCACCUGGUACCGUACUAUGUAAGACUCUGCCGUUUUAAGGUCACACGACAGAGAUCCGUCCUAAGUUUUCGGGUCUUGGGAACACAAUUGUGCUAACUGUCAGACAGUCGCACCCACCACUGGACCACUGUGGAAUGUCUUCUUCUUCCAGGCUUGCCGAAAAAAGGGGGCGAGGCGAUCAGUCAUCCUGCCCUCGUUAUUGCAUCAUGCUCAAUUGAGCUCGAGCUUGUCAAAUAGCUUUUUUUUUUUUUUUUUUUUAAUGCACACGCUACUGUGUAGUUUAGGUAGUGUAUCCCCCCCCACAAAUCGCGAUAUCUGCUCUCGUGCGUAGGAUUGAAUUAUACAUUCAGUCGCUUUAAGAGGAAAUAUGAUGCCAGCUCGCAUUAGAACGGUAUCAAUUAAAGUCCGACUAGGAUUGC